UUUCGCGUGGUUUCAAGCGGUUGUUGGCGACAGCCUCGCAUGCCAGGAGGGUUGGUCGAAGCAGAGUGACGACAUGGAUGACUUGCAGUACUCGUUCGUCGCCAAGCCGCGGGCGGUACAGAAUGCCCGGGGAAAGCACCGUAAGAAGGAGAAAGCCAGCAAUGCCGUGUUCAACAUCAUGAACGACCCUCGGGUGGCAAGGGGAAGUGUUUACGCCGCAGCGAAUUCCAUCCACAUCAAGCGCGACAACGCGGCACGCGUGAGCCAAAUCCCGCCCAACCAAAGCUCAGGACCGCAGAAAUCGUUCAAGAAACAGACUAUUUUUGAGGCCCCCACGACCUUACAGACAUGUAUGCAAAGUCCCUUCGGUAUAUCUCACACCCCACAUGCGACAGUCUUUCCCGUCGACUUGUCGGCCAACUUGAUUGAACACACGCCCCACGUCGACGAAACCGAAGUGUCGACCCAAACGGACACGUUUCUACCCAAUAAUAAGCACAAGAAGCCGUUUGUGCUCAAGAAGACUGGCAUCGAAGCAUCCACCGAGAUUGCCGAGAGCGACGGCUUGUUUGAUUUUGACGUGGAAGUGUCUCCACUGCUCACUGUGCUGGUGAACAAGACACUCAGACAGGCCAUGUGCGAAGUCGAGUGGGAAGACGAGCUCAAACACAUUGCGUUGUACUUGGAGGAGCUGCACACAAACAAGGCACUCGACGCCGAAGCAGUGCGGGAGCUCGUGGCCCAGGCAAAGAAAGCGUAUGCGAUCAAAGAUGCUGAGAAAGUCGAACAGCGCCGGCGGGUCCAAGAGUCCGCGUUGGUCGACGAGAAGGUGGCCGCGGUCAGUUUGAGUCGACUCCUCAUGAGUCAAGUGGUGGAGGACACGACUGUGGCGCUGACAGCUCAAGGCGUUUUCUACGACCCCCUUCGCCGUCAGGUGGAAGGGAACUUUAUGGCGUGGAUGUAUUCCGCUGCCGACACUAUCGUCAAGACCAAGCAGUCCGCGCGGCUUCUCGUAGAAGACAUGGUGCGGUCCAGCUUGCAGCACCAGCGACUGCUGCACUACGUCGACAGUUUACACACACAAGUCCACGACAACAUGGUUACGUUUCCAGUGGCGAAUGUACCUGGGCUGGAUGCGAUUGGGCCUGUUCUGUACAGCCGCAAUGUCCCCGAAUUCGACAGGCACAUUGACGCUUGGGUACAUGAAAAUGCGCCGACGGUCGCACGUCCGCCCGUCGGAUUCCUCGCAGAUAUAGUUGCCGGGAUCAAGUAGUGCUUCGUCGUUGAAUGCAUACAAGUAGUUGAUAUGUCAAACACUAAAACUCUUCGUGCGCAAUACUAGUAUAAAGCAACGUACAUAGACG